GGAGAAAGCACAGCCGUACUGAUGAUCCCAGGCAGUGACUGGUGCAAAACUAGUUUGUUUAAACGGCUCGACCGUUUUGAUGAGGAAUUCGCUUCAUAUUUCCGCCUCAUGGGCAAUUAAUUAGACCUCUCCUUAAAUUUUCAGCAUCCUAUGUGUACCGACUUGUAUGAGAUAUUUCGAGUAAUAAAUCCAUUCUCAGUCGCGUGUGGAGAGCGUACACUGCCUGAGGAGAAGACACUUUUACUACCUUCUGGAUGGAGGGUCUGCGCGGAAGGCAGUCGGUCAGUGACUGUGUGGAUUAAGCGGGGAAGAAGUGCUUGUAAAGGUGCAGUGGUGAGAAGGUCUCUCUGUUGAGAUCUCUGAUGACUUCUCGGGUUUAAUGCGGACGAAAGCUCGCGCUCGAGCGAGGUGCGUCGACGGGCGGGAGGAGAAUGGCACGAGCUUCCGCGCUUCUGAGGGGAAAACAAGUACUUGGCUUUCUUGAGGGGCGUCGGGCACAUUGCGCUGGAAUUUGAUUGUCCCUUAGAGUUCGUUUUUUGGAGAUAUCUAUCCAUUACGUCGAAAGGGGGGAAAAACAUUGGAUUUUAGUGGUUUUGGAAAUGGGCUUUGGGGAGUUGGAUGCCUUCAUAUCACGCGCACCUUUUAAUUUAGUGUGAAUCCAGUGGAACACAACAUGGGAAAAUAUGACAAGUGAGAAGAUUCGGUUCCUCUGACCCUCGGUGCUUCAAGCCGGACUGGCGUUCCUUCUGCUAGGCGUACACAAGCACAAACUGUAAAGAGCAGCUAGGCGAUGUGUCCUACGCAAGAAGACCCUAAUUGCACUUCACUUGGCACGGCUGAUGAAGAUAAAGAUUCGGUGUAAAAACCUGAUUUACAAUGGAAAAACUGCUUGUCUGCUUGUUGGUUAUCGGAAUGGCAGUGAAGGCUCAGAUCUGUCCAAAGCGCUGCGUCUGUCAAGUUCUGUCCCCCAACCUUGCAACACUCUGUGCCAAAAAAGGGCUGCUGUUUGUUCCGCCCAACAUCGACAGGCACACCGUGGAGCUCCGGCUAGCUGAUAACUUUGUCACAAGUGUAAAACGGAAAGACUUGGCCAACAUGACCAAGCUGCAGGAUCUUACUUUGUCAAGGAAUACAAUAAGCUACAUAACUCCACAUGCGUUCGCGGACUUGGAGAACCUACGAGCCUUGCAUCUAGACCAUAACCGAUUGACACGAAUAGCCAAUGAUACCUUCAGUGGCAUGUCUAAGCUACAUCACCUGAUUUUGAACAACAACCAACUGACCCUCAUCCACAUGGGAGCCUUUAAUGACCUACUAGCACUCGAAGAACUGGAUUUAUCCUACAAUAACCUGGAGACCAUCCCCUGGGAGGCCAUUCAAAAGAUGACCAGCCUACACACACUUAGUCUGGACCACAACAUGAUCGAAUACAUUCCUGAGGGGACUUUUUCCCUCUUACAGAAGCUCAACCGCUUGGACGUGACCUCCAACAAGCUCCAGAAGCUUCCGCCAGACCCACUUUUCCAGCGGGCGCAGGUUCUGGCCACAUCUGGUGCAAUGAAUCCCUCCUCUUUCGCUCUGAGCUUUGGAGGAAAUCCUUUACACUGCAACUGUGAGCUGCUGUGGCUUCGGCGGCUCAAUCGGGAGGAUGACUUGGAGACCUGCGCCACACCUUUGCACCUCUCUGGACGCUAUUUCUGGUCCAUCCCAGAGGAGGAGUUCCUCUGCGAGCCACCCCUCAUCACCCGCCACUCUAACGAGAUGAGGGUCCUGGAGGGCCAACGGGUAGCAUUGAAGUGCAAAGCUAGGGGAGAUCCAGAACCUGCCAUUCACUGGAUAUCUCCUGAUGGGAAGUUGGUUUCAAACUCGUCACGCACGCUGGUUUACAACAAUGGAACUUUGGACAUCCUCAUAAGCACAGUAAAGGACACAGGCUCUUUUACAUGCAUCUCCUCGAAUCCCGCUGGGGAGGCCCACCAGACUGUGGAGCUGGUCAUCAUAAAGCUUCCACACAUUAGCAACAACACCAAUAACAUCCAAGAGCCUGACCCGGGCUCCUCUGACAUCUCCACUUCGACAAGGGCGGGAGCAAACGGCAGCAACCAAACAGGCGAUGCCAAAACCAGCUCCGAUAAGAGGGUGGUUAUGGUAGAAGCCACUUCAUCCACAGCACUCAUUAAAUUUAACUUCCAGAGGAAUAUACCUGGAAUACGCAUGUUUCAGAUUCAGUAUAAUGGAACCUACGAUGACUCUCUUGUUUACAGAAUGAUUCCCCCAACGAGUAAAAACUUUCUGGUGAAUAACCUGGCUGCCGGGACACAGUAUGACCUCUGUGUGCUGGCUAUUUAUGACGAUGGCAUUACCUCCUUGACAGCUACGCGGGUUGUGGGCUGCGUGCAGUUCACCACUGAAUCUGAAUAUCUGCGCUGCCACUUCAUGCAGUCCCAGUUCUUGGGCGGCACUAUGAUCAUCAUCAUCGGGGGCAUAAUUGUCGCCUCCGUCCUCGUCUUCAUCAUCAUCCUCAUGAUCCGCUACAAGGUGUGCAACAGUGGUGCCGCCGCCAAGGGGACCUCGGUCACUGACGUGCACUCUCAAACCAACGGCGCGCAAUCCCAAGGGUGUACCGUCACACCGUCUGUCUCCAAACAAGGUGCUUUCAGCUUAGAGGAGGGUGAGGGGUGCAAAAAGAGCUCCGCCGCACCUCUUCCUCCCCCUCCAGAUUCCCAAACCCACACCUCAGAGACCUCCAUCCAAGACUGCACCACCUCCACUUCCCUGGUAAGCCAAAGCUGGACAACUCCUGGCUCUUCAGGGUCACUAAAGCCAAAGCGCAAACCAGCGCCAAAGCCUGUGCCGGCGUCCGGCGCCGAGCCCAAAGUAGAGGCGCUACCCAGUGCAGAGACGCAAAACACCAACCGCAACAACUCCACCGCUCUUCAAGAGCCAGUCCCAACCCCUCCAUCAUGCUUCAAAGACACUCCCAUUUUAAGGAGGGCUCGUCCGUCUUCGUCCAAGUAUAUGACACUGCCCGUGGAAGGAGCACGGGCUAAACGCAGGUACUCUUUGAACGAGAACCUGUCGAAACAUCACUGCUACAUUGGCUCGCAGAAGCUGGGCAAUGUGUUUUACAAACGGAGUAUGUCCGUGAAUGGAAUGCUAGUCCAAAUGGCGAACUCAAAUCUAGACAGUGAGAAAAAUGCCUUUUCCAGUUCAGAGUGGAUCCUAGAGAGCACCGUGUGAAUGUACGACUGCUGGAGACAAGAUGGAGUGCCUGCAUCUCAUUGUGUAUGUGCAUUAGCGUGUGUAAGUCGGUGGGUGGGUGUGGGUGUGUAUAGGUGCUCAUAGUAUAUAGAUGUGUGUGAUCGUAUGAAUGUGCACGUUUUGCACCAUUUAUUUUGUUUCCAUCUGCAAAUCAUAUUUUUCUGCUGUCUUUUUGUUAAUGUUUUUUGGAAACCCAUGGAUUAUUGUGGAUGUUUGCCUUGAGGGAGGUUCGUGAGCCACUCUGAGCAAGAUCCACCACACGAGAGAGACAUGCCUCCAUCUUCACUGCACACGGCGAGCAUCACGGUAAGAGGAAAGCAUUGGUGCCUUCCUUUGACCUCUUACCAGGGGCUCCUACUGGAUACAAGCUUUGUGUCGGUUACCCGGAUGGAAGGAAACAGGAGAUUUCACAAAAAAGCCUUUCUAUUCAAGGAAAUGACAUUUCCUGCAUAUUAUAGAGAAGCUCUUAUUGAAAAAAAAAAACACUAUGUGAGGACUUGAUACUGGGACCUGUUAUUAAAUUGAUAUUUUUAAAAGAAAAUCAAAGCUUUUUUCUUUUCAGUAACAUUGAUUUUGCCUUUGUUUUAAGGCACAAAAAAAACCAUGUACAGAAAGACAACAUAUGCUGUGUUCUUAUGUUGUGUAAAAUAAUAAUAAUAAAA